GUACGCCAUCGUGGCUACCAGAUGACGCCACGAACAGAUAGAAAUAGGGUCAGUGCUGUGUCGUUGAUCCGACGCGAGGGGAAAGAGAGCCGCUUCCCCCGCGCGCCGCCGUCGCUCCCCGCCGUGGCCUGCGCCCUCCUCGACUGUUGCGGCGCCCCACUGCCGAUCAUUCCGCACUCGACGCGAGGGCGAAGCGCACGCCCGACAUUUUCGACCGCGACCGACGCGCCGCGCGCCUGCGGCUAGCACGACCGCCAUGUUUGACGUUUUCGGCUCCGUGAAGGGGCUGCUCAAGCUCGACUCAGUGUGCAUCGACAACAAUGUGUUCCGUUUGCACUACAAAGCCACCGUGAUCAUCCUGAUCGCGUUCUCGCUGUUGGUCACGUCACGACAAUAUAUCGGCGACCCGAUCGACUGCAUCGUGGACGAGAUACCGCUCGCCGUCAUGGACACGUACUGCUGGAUCUACUCCACCUUCACCAUACCCAACCGGCUAGUGGGCCGCGUCGGCAAAGACAUGGUCCAGGCCGGCGUCGCCUCGCACAUCGACGGGCAAGACGAAGUCAAGUAUCACAAAUAUUACCAGUGGGUGUGCUUUGUGCUAUUCUUCCAAGCGAUCCUGUUCUACGUGCCGCGCUACCUGUGGAAGACCUGGGAGGGCGGCCGCAUCAAGAUGUUAGUGCUCGACCUCAACUGUCCGGUCGUUGGCGAGGAUUGCAAAGCGGACCGUAAGAAGCUCCUCGUCGAUUACUUCUACACGAAUCUUAACACACAAAACUUUUACGCGUUCCGUUUUUUCAUAUGUGAAGUUUUGAACUUCAUAAACGUAGUCGGACAGAUAUUCUUCAUGGACUUCUUCCUCGACGGUGAGUUCUCCACGUACGGCAGUGACGUGGUCAGUUUCACUGAGAUGGAGCCCGAGGAGCGUGUCGACCCGAUGGCGCGCGUGUUUCCUAAAGUGACCAAGUGUACUUUCCACAAAUACGGUCCCUCCGGCACGGUGCAGAAGUUCGACGGACUGUGUGUGUUGCCGCUGAACAUCGUUAACGAGAAAAUCUACGUGUUCCUCUGGUUCUGGUUCAUGAUCCUAUCAAUCCUGAGUGGUAUCUCGCUGCUGUACCGUGCGGCGGUGGUGGCCGGCCCGCGCGUGCGCCUCUACCUGUUGCGCGCUCGCAGCCGUCUCGCCCCGCAAGAUCAAGUGGAGGCUGUCGCACGCAAGCUGCAAAUCGGAGACUGGUUCGUACUGUACCAGCUCGGCAAGAACAUCGAUCCGCUCAUCUACAAAGAGUUGAUGGGCGAACUCGCGGAGAAGUUUGAAGGGAAGGACACUGUGUAGUGAGGAGGGGGCGAGCGAACAGCGGACAUGGUGUCCGCGCUCGGCACGGCGAGCGGGCGGGGAGCGCCAGCGCGCACAAAGGGCGCCGGGAGCGGUCGUGCCGCGUGCGGCCGCACGCCGACAUUCCAUUAGCUCGACCGCUCAUUGUAUUCCAGAACCGCUUUAACCUGACGCCACGCUGCCGCGCGCGCCGUCGCCCGUCGCCGGCUGCACCGCGGCUCGAACCCCGCGGGUCGCGGCGGCGGCGCGGCGACCGGCACUCGGCUCUUCCACGCAACACUCGACUGAGUCGCGUCACGUAGGACGCGCGCGCAUUUAGGGUUAAUAGGGCAUAUUUACUAAUAGUCGUAGCUAGUAGGUAGAUCUCGUGCCUUCGUUUUGUACUGUACUGUCUGUGUGCGAGUGAAUUAUCGUCGAAGGAUAUCUCAUUGUGAUAUGUAAUUAUUAUAAAUCUAAAUUAAGUGUAUAUCGUGUACGAGAUUGGACGAGUGGACGGCUGGCUUAUUGCUAAGUUAAGAUAGUUAACACUGAUGUCUUUGUUAUCGUAUUUUGUACUCGAUACGAUAUUGUAAAAAGCAAUAAACUACCUAUUAAUUUUAAGCAAUCAAUUAAGCGAAUUCGACAAUACUGUAAUUUUUACUGUUUGAUAGAAUACACGUGUAUGAAACGUUUUUUAUAUCGACGAAGUUUAGUCGACAUUGUUCAUAUUUUCUGAAUAUAUUUACUGCCACAAAAACAUU